AAGAAGAUGACUGAUUUAGAUGACGCACGUCCUUGGCGAAGUCUUCUGGUUUCUUGCUCAGCCCAAAAGGAUCGUAACCAUAGCUGCAAGGAAGGCAGAGAACGAUUCUUUUUUUGUUGAUUGGCACAGCAAUUAUAUCUCAUCUCAAACUUACUCUCCCGGCACUUCUCCGGUGAGAUACCCUGGAAUCUCCGAGCGAUCCAAGAGACCUUCCGGCAGGAAGAUUCGUCUGUCGGGACCAUACCACUUGGCGAGCUCCUCGUCGGCUGGGGAAACAGCAGCUGGCUUCGACUUGGGAGGAGGCGGCGCAGCCUUCUUGGAGAACAGUGCAACGAUCUUUGAUGAACCAGCGGAAGGUGGAGGGGCCGAGCGAGUUGUGGCAGCGGUGGUGAGGCGCGUGCCGAGGAGCUCGGACGCGCCGAGGGAAGCCGGAGCCGUCGCCGCCGCUAUGGACGCCAUGGAAUGGCGUCGAUGGAUGGAUGCAGUUGCUGCGGGGGUCCCAAAUGGUUGGACUGGUGGAUGUGGUGGGGCCAUGCAGGAUCUACGUUCGAGGGCUGCGAUUGGCUGCGACUCCGAAAGGCAAUCUAUUCCUCAGUUAUGGCUGGCUUCGGUUGUGGUGACACGGCAGAUGAUGAUCUUAGCAAGGAACAAUGCUGGCCUCUGUUCCUUGUGUUGGAUAGAGGAGCAGAUAAAUCCAAUCUAUUGCUAA